AUGGCAGAGGGAUCCAAGUUAGCUGAUCUCUAUGUGUCAAUAACGCUGAUUAAGAAUUAUCAACUGCCUCCAGAUGCUGCUUCCCUCACAUCACCGCCCAAGUCGAGUGCUGUGAAGAAGGCUGAGGAUGUGGUGAGCACCAUGCUAGCUAGGGGCUUUGUCUUGGGAAAGGAUAGUCUCAAAAGGGCAAAGUCAUUUGACGGGAAGCACAAAUUGACAGUACACGCCUUGGCUAACGUUGCUUCCCUAGACCGAAGUUUUGAGCUGAGCAAGACGCUGAGCAUGGGGACAGCUGUAGCAAACGAGAUGGUGAGAGAAAUGGAUGAGGUGUUUCAAGUAUCAGAUAUUACAAAGUUCGCUUAUUCAGCUGUUGAGGUUACAGCCAGCAGUGCAGGAUCUGUCAUCAAGGGCAAUAGCUAUGUCUUGACCGGAGCUUCGUGGGUCACUAAUGCAUACAUAGCCAUCACAAAGGCGGUCGAGGAUGUAGGGGCGAUGACGAUGCAGAAGGUGGAGAGGGUUGAGGAGGAGGAGGAUGCAAUAUAUCAAUGCCAGUCGCUAAACUCGUCACCAGCUCUUCCGGUCAGUUCAGCUGAUGUGAGUAGCAAGCAUCUUUGA